UCCAUUGAAAAAAGCACCUAUCAUUCGACGCUCGGCCGCGCCGUUCGCCGCAUCACGUACGCUUUGACAUUGAAAAAUCCGCUCGCCCGGUGCCUCGUUUUCGGGUUAAUCCUGCUGCCGAUCCGCGAGGACAUGUCUGCGGAGAUUCUCAUCGAGCCGGACGCGACCGGCGUCGUCCAGAGGCUGGCGCUCAUCGUCGAGAAGUGCGCGAACGAAGCCAUCGACAACGAGGAUAUCUUCAAAAUUGGCCUGUCCGGUGGAUCGCUAGUGAAGUUCCUGUCUGAGGGUCUUCCUACUAUCAACACUGACUGGAGCAAGUGGAGAUUCUUCUUCUGCGACGAGAGGAUUGUAUCCUUUGAGAAUGGAGAGUCAACGUAUGGACUUUACAGGGAGAGCUUGAUCGGGAAUCUUCCUAUUACUGAAGAUCAGUUCAUAAAAAUCAAUCCUGACCUUUCAGCUGAGGAAGCAGCUAAAGACUACAUCAAGAAAAUGUCAGUGUAUUUCCCUCCUGACAGUGUGCCGAGAUUUGAUGUUCUGCUACUUGGAAUGGGACCAGAUGGUCAUACCUGCUCAUUGUUUCCUAAUCAUCGGUUAUUAGAUGAAACCAGUUUGUGGGUGUGCCCAAUAAACGACUCUCCCAAGCCACCAUCAUCCAGGAUCACCUUGACCUUCCCAGUGAUCAACAAUGCAAGGGCAUGCAUUUUUGCUGCAACUGGAGCAAGCAAAAAAGAAAUGGUCAAACGCAUAUUGAAAGACAAAGAGAACUUACCUGCUGCCAGAGUACAGCCAACAAAUGGCACUCUGUACUGGAUUUUGGACAAAGAUGCUGCUGGAGGCUUAUAGUUUACCCACAAGAAUACACUGCGUGAUAUUACAUUCCACUUUGUAACUUAUUCUACUACACUCGUCGGGCUGCUGAUUUUAUACAUUUAUUAUGGAAACGAUAAUUUUUGUAUCAUGUAUAGAUAAACAAAAGGAUUGAAGAUAGCUAGACAAUUAAUAUAUUGAAAACUGUUGAAUACAUACAACAUAGCUGCAGAUUAAAGUUGAGCGCGGUGUUUUCACCCGUGUGAUAUAUCAUCUGUUUUACGGCCUAACUGUUAUUUUUCAAAAAAAGUACUUAAUUAUAAAAAAAGAAGCACUUUUACACAAAGAUUUUAUUUGUUACUUCAGCUUUAAGUUAAGUGGUCUGAGGCUUCUUACUCAAAAAAAUUGAAAUAUACAAAUACAUGAUAAUGAUCAAAUUUUGCUGGAUAUUUAUUAUUGUUGUCAUGACGAAUUUACUUAUAGAUCUGUUUAUGUAAUUAAGGUCAAACCAUUAAAAAUUCUGUAUCGCGUAUGAUUGUCGCUUGUAAAUACACAAACGAAAUACAAACUAUGAAAGUGAA